GUUGAAAUGAAUGAAUAAUGACACCAUGACCAGGAAUAUAUAUCAUUUUAUUCAUAGUCGUUAAUAAGCACAUUCCUUUACUUUCUGUCUUUCUCAUUUGAGCUGAAACAUCACCAUCAAGCAUUAUAUACAUAUAUAUAUAUAAUGGCUAAAGAAUAUGGAAUGCUUGAAAAUAUAGCAAGCUUAGAAGGUCAUGAUGGUUCAGUGUGGUGUGUUGCAUGGAAUCCCUCGGGGAGUCUCUUGUCUAGCUGUGGUUCGGAUAAGAAGAUUAGGCAAAAUUUGGGGAAAGGAGGACAAAGAAUGGAUUUGUAAGACAAUCCUGACAGAUGCCCAUGAGCGCACAAUCAGAUCAGUCAGUUGGUCUCCUUGUGGUCAUUUCCUUGCAUCCACCAGUUUUGAUGCUACAACAUGUGUUUGGAGGAAAAAUGAGAAGGAAUUUGACUGCAUAGCAACCCUUGAAGGCCAUGAAAAUGAAGUAAAAGCUGUAUCGUGGUCCCGAAAUGGACAACUUCUUGCUACCUGUGGUAGAGAUAAAAGUGUGUGGAUUUGGGAAGUUCAAGAUGAUGGUGAAGAGUAUGAAUGUGCCAGUGUUUUAAAUUCUCAUUCACAAGAUGUGAAAUGUGUUCGGUGGCAUCCGGAGAAAGAGUUACUGGCGUCUUGUAGUUAUGAUGAUACAAUCAAACUCUAUUGUGAAGAUGACGAUGAUUGGGUAUGUUUUGAUACAUUGGAAGGUCAUAAAUCAACUGUGUGGUCUUUAAGUUUUGAUAAAAGAGGAGAUCGUUUAGUUUCAUGUAGUGAUGAUAAAACAGUGAAAAUUUGGAAAUCAUAUCCACCUAACAAUAAAGAAGGUAUUCAUACUAAUGGUAAAGAUCCAAAAUGGAAAUGUGUUUGUACAUUGACAGGAUAUCAUGAAAGAACUAUAUAUGAUGUUGACUGGUCCCAUGGAUCCAGAGAACUGAUUGCGACUGCCUCAGGGGAUGAUUGUAUCAAUAUUUUUGAACAGGAUAAUGUUACUGACGAGAAUCAACCAUCCUUUAUGUUGAUUGCAAAGCAAGAUAAAGCUCACGAACAAGAUGUUAAUAGUAUUUCAUGGCAUCCUUUAUACAACAUUCUUGCAUCAGCUUCUGAUGAUGGCAUUGUCAAAUUAUGGAGGUUUGUCGAAACAUAGUGAGUAUAUUUACUGCAUUCUCUGGGGAUGGUGUUUACGACUUAUUAGAAAGUCUUGCGAGGCUCACAGCUACUGCUGAGGUGCUUGUGUAUGUGGUGCAUAUUGCCGGCAAACGAAGCUUAAUUUCCACUUCACAAAGUCAAAUACUGACUUAAUUUUUAUGACAAUGCUGAAAUGGAAGACAAGCUUAAGAGAAGGAACUUAGAUAUACACUGUUGAAUUUAGGGAUAUGUAACAGGAAUUGACAGAUAAUAUUUCAAUUCUCUUGGGUUUUUUCCCACUUUUUCCAUGUGUUAAGUGUUUCGCACAAAGUAACAAAGAUAUUUUCAAAUCUUUGUUUUCUGAGUAGUAAUGAUACCAAACAAACCGGAGUUGACUCACAUUGCACUGUAUCAGCAAUAUUUUCUUGUGAGUCAAAUUAUUUUAUCCCUGAAGACAGAUGUAACAGACUUGAAGUGAUUUCAAAAUAAAAAUUCAAUCUUAGUAAA